AUGCCACGCAACUCGAUGUACGACCCGCCUCUUCUGGACGGCUGCACGCCGACUCUCAGUUAUCAGUUCAAUAAAUGGGCUCCCACCCUCCCUCUCCUCGCGUGCACGAAGCUGCCGCGCCGCGUCUCCCCGGUGCACCGCGACGUGCCGCCGCCGCGCGUGCGUUACGACGUUCGCAUCGGCUGCGGGAUCGAUUCCCCGUAUCGGGGAGGAGAGGAAACCGAUCCAGAGCCGCAUGAGUCGGGGAGGGCGCCUCAGCAGCCAGCCGGCUCCGGACUAUACAUCGCAGGGAGGAGGUGGAGGAGGAGGAUGGAGGAGGGGGACACCGAGGGGGAAGGGCCCGUGGUGGUCAGAGAGGGGCCGGGCGCUCACGGCCUCCAGCCCAUCACCACCACCACCAACCUGCUGGCGUCUGUCAAAGAGCAGGAGCUCCAGUUUGAGCGGCUGACUCGGGAGCUGGAAGAGGAGCGGCAGAUCGUGGCCAGCCAGCUGGAGAGGUGCAUGCUGGGAGCCGAGUCGCCGGCGGGAGACAGCAGCAGCUCCUCCGAGAAGUCGUUUGCAUGGAGGUCUGCAGGCGGCGGCGAGUCGCUGGGCGGCGUGCUGCAGGCGUCCGGACGUCACCUGGAGGCGGAGGAGGGACUCUUCAUGCCCGAGCCGGACCGCGCCUCCCUGCAUGACAGCUCGGGAGGCCACUCGGCCCACAUGACCUCGUAUUCGGACAGCGGCUACCAGGACAGCAGCGUCAGCUACUACAGCAACCAGAACGUGGUGCGCUCGGAGCCCCGGGCCUCCGUAUCGAGGAGCCCGAGGGCAGAGGGCCAAGCCUCCGGGCAGGUGUCCGGCCGGGUGCUGCGGCGCAUGUCCUCCCUCCCCUCCAGGAGCCAGUCUCCCGGCUGCGGCGCCGUCUCUCCCUCCCGCAUCUCCCUCCGGACGUCCCAGGGCAGCACCUACGACUCCCCCGUGCUGUCGGAGCCCAAACCUCUGGCCGCCGUGUUCUCUGCCAUGCCGCUGUCCUGCCCCUCGCCGAGCUCCCCGGCCGACGGCGGCCUGAUGCUGGGGGGCGGGCGCCUGGGCUCCACCCUGUCCCUGGUGGAGGGGCGGUGUCUGACGGGGUCCCCGCUGCGCUCGGGGAUGACGGCAGUGCCGCAGCACUACGGCUCCACGCUGCCCCGGCAGAGCCAGCCGCUGGCCUACGGAGCCGACCCGUACGGGCUGUAUCAGAGGAGCGCGCUGCCCCGCCCCGACAGCCUCAUAGGGCUUCACAGUUCCUACGCCGGCCACUCGGGGCAGGGGGCCCCCGAGCUUGGGGCCGCGUUGUCCCCCGACUGCCACAUGACGCCCGUGUUCGACGAGCGCUCCUUCCACAGCCCCCUGUUCCACAGCCCCACCCACGACCCCCAGGGCUCCCUCUACAGGGCCAGCACAGGUAUGGGGACCCUCCCUCGGGCCGCCAGCCAAUGCGGCUCGUUGCCGUACCAACGGAGCGGCUACGGGCUGAGCACCGCGGCGCUGUACGUCGACGCCUACGGGGUCUCCGGCGAGCCCGUCUUCUCCCACCGGCACUCUGGCCUGGUGGAGCGGGCAGCCACGCGCACGCCGUCCAUCGAGAGCAUCCACAAGGACCCCAGGGAGUUUGCUUGGCGCGACCCCGAGCUGCUGGAGGUCAUCCACAUGCUGCAGCACCACUUCCCCUCCGUCCAGGCCAACGCCGCCGCCUACCUGCAGCACCUGUGUUACGGAGACAACCGGGUCAAGGUGGAGCGCCAUCUGCUCCCCACGAAACUUUAAGGAACGUGGGUGCCAAAAACACGCCGCCGCCCGCUCUGCUUCCCGUGCAAUAAAUAACUUCGGUGGCGUUUGGUUUGGCGGGGAGCUUUUUUUUAUUGCCAGAAACGAAUGUUCACGGUGACGCUUUUGAAUCGGAGGGAAGCGGCGAGCGUCGACCGCUCUCUGGAGGCCGGAUUAUUU